AUGAAAGCUUUCCUUGUCCUCCUGCUGGGAGCAGUCCUGUGCUUGGACUCAGGUUCUUCUUUGAAGUGUUACAAAUGCAUGACACAGCUGAGCAACUCCAACUGUCAGACGGAAGUAGACUGCAAGGAUACGGAAACAUGCAAGACAGAUGUGAUCAGGGUCUUAGGGGUCUCCAUCAUCAGCAAGGGCUGUGACUCAUCAUGUGAAUCGCUCUAUCAGGACUUCACCAUAGGCAACAGGAAUAUCUCCUGCUGCAGCAGCAACCUCUGCAAUGUCAAUGCAGCGAGCACUGUGAGGUGCAGCUACGGGCUGGCAGCAGGGAUAGCAUCCAGCGUGCUCUUGACCUUCCUGAACAACAGACUGUGA